GGGCGGGCCGGGCUCGGCGGGAGGAAUCGGUCGGGGUCGGGAGGGACCGAACGGCGCGGAGCGGCGCGGAGCGGAGCGGAGGACCCCCCCCCCCCCACCGUGCAUCCCACCAUGAGCCGGGGCCGCUGAGGCAGACGGCGCAGCGAUGCAGAGCAUCAAAUGCGUGGUGGUGGGCGACGGCGCCGUGGGGAAGACGUGCCUGCUCAUCUGCUACACCACCAACGCCUUCCCCAAGGAAUACAUCCCCACCGUCUUCGACAACUACAGCGCUCAGAACACGGUGGACGGGCGGACUAUAAACCUCAACCUGUGGGACACGGCCGGCCAGGAGGAAUACGACCGCCUGCGGACGCUCUCCUACCCCCAGACCAACGUCUUCAUCAUCUGCUUCUCCAUCGCCAGCCCUCCCUCCUACGAGAACGUCAAGCACAAGUGGUACCCCGAGGUUUGCCACCACUGCCCCAGCGUGCCCGUGUUGCUGGUGGGCACCAAGAAGGACCUGCGCACGAACCCCGACACCAUGCGCCGGCUCAAGGAGCAGAACCAGGCGCCCAUCAGCACCCAGCAGGGUCUCAGUUUGUGCAGGCAGAUCCGCGCCGUCAAAUAUUUGGAAUGCUCAGCACUGCAGCAGGAGGGCAUUAAGGAGGUGUUCACUGAGGCGGUGCGCGCCGUGCUCAACCCCGCGCCGGCCAAAGCCAAGCGGCCCUGCGUGCUGCUGUAGGGCGGCGUGGGGCUGCCGUGCCCACGGACACCAGCGGCUCAAUGUGGGGCUGCUGCCGAACCCCCAUUGCUCUGCUCUGGGAUCAGCCUGCAGGCUGAGCUUCACGCCGCCCUGCCCGGCCCCACCGCCCCCAGCCUCCGAGCGGCCGCAGCCCCACAGCCCCGGUCCUGAGAAGCCCCGGCUCUGAGCGCCCCCAGCUUUGAGCAUCCUCUGCUGAGCGCCCCCAGCUCUGAGCAUCGCCACCCAAACAUCCCUGCUGCUCGGCACCCCCAGCUCUGAGCACCUCUGGCACUGAGCAGCCCAGCAUCGCCGCACAGCAGCUCUGAGCGCCCCCCAUGCUGAGCGUCUCCCACUCCGCACGUCCCAGCUCUGAGCACCCCUGGCUCUGUCAGUCUCCAGCUCUGAACACCUCUGGCUCUGAGCACUGCUGGCACUCAGCAUCUCUGGCUUUGAGCCUCCUCAGCUCUGAGCAUCCCUGAGCUCUCUGCCUCCCAUGGAGUGCAGCAUGGCCAAACUCGGCCAGCCCCAAGCUGUGAGCUUCAGUGCUCCAGAGCCCAACUGCACUACCUGCCUGCUGGCCUGGGGCCGGCUGGGCUCCCUCCUGUUCCCUUCAUCACCAUCCCCAUCCCAUCCCAUCCCAUCCCAUCCCAUCCCAUCCCAUCCCAUCCCAUCCCAUCCCAUCCCUAUCCCUAUGCGCACACCUAUGCCAAUCCCCAUCCCCAUCCCCA